AUGGAAUUAGAGUUACAUAAAUUUGAAAAAAAAUUGAUGACACUAAAAGUUAUAUCAGAAUAUAAAGAAUGUAACUACAUUGGCCUUAGAACAAGUAACAGACUUAUAUGUUAUCAUGUAGUGUACAUAAUUGCAUUCAGCUCACCAGUAGCACGUACGAAGCAGACUGUCCGUAAGAGUACAGGUGGGAAGGCUCCAGGAAAGCGCUUGGCUACCAAAGCGGCACGAAAGAGUUCUCCAGCUAUAGGUGGCGUUAAGAAACCUCAUCGUUAUCGUCCUGGAACAGUUUCCCUACGUGGAAUCGUCUCACACUUCCGAAUUUCGCACUACACGGGUGGUUGGAUCAUAUGUUGUUUUGAAGCUUCUUUAUUCAUGGUUCUCAAUGAGCGUACGUCACAUAUUGUUGUUGAUACAGCACCUUUUGUAAAACGUACACGUCUUGAGACUUUCGGUGCAAGUAUUUACACUAUACCACAAGUUUUAGCUGAAAUAAAAGAUGUUCAAACGCGUGAAUAUAUGAAUUGUUUACCAUAUGCCCUGAAUUGUCAAGUACCAGAAACUAAUUCUAUUAACAUAAUUAAAGGUAUUGCAAAACAAACUGGGGAUCUGUCAGUUCUCUCUGCAACAGAUAUUAAUGUGAUCGCUUUAACUUAUGAACUGCAUAAAAGAUAUAUCGGUGAACCAAAAAUUAAGGAUGUGAAACCUUUGCCCAGUAACCUUGGGUCUUUAGCUCGUUCUCAAUUGCCAAAAUUGAACACAAAAAGCAAUCCAUCCGUUGAUGUAUGUGAUGAAGCAGAAACAUCUGGAUCUGAAAACGGUGAUACAGAAACAUCUGAACCGGAUGAUGAUGAUUGGAUAACAGAAAAUAACUUUGAUGAGAAGGCCAUGACUAAUUUCGGGCUUGGAGGAAAAAUUGCAGAUAUACUGGAACCAAUCAAUGAAGUUGAAACAAACGUUGUAGCUUGCUUGACAACUGAUUUUGCUAUGCAAAAUGUUCUUUUCCACGCAGGUCUCGACAUAAUAAGCAUAAAUGGUUUGCGUAUUCGUCAACCAAGAACACAUUUACUUUGGUGUUGUGCUUGCUUUAAGCCUACUAAACGUACGGACACCUACUUUUGCCCAUGGUGUGGACAUGCUAGUCUACGUCGAAUCCCAGUUACUUUACACGAAGAUGGCCAGUUAGAAUUUCACUUUGCGAAAAGAUUUGUGCACAGACGGCGCGGUUUAAAACAACCAGUGAGAAUCCCAAAGGGUGGAAAGUAUGCUGACGAACCAAUUUAUUGUGCAGACCAACGUAUUCCUGACCGAAGACCAGCCCGUCCUAAAAAUCCAAAAGUGCUUCCAUUAGCUACUAACGGAUUAUUAGGAUUUGAAGAUGAAGAACUAUCCAAUGUUUUGGAAUUCCAAUGUAAUUUAAGCAAUGCAUCAUCAGUGGUGUUCCCAUUAAAUGACGUUACUAGUCGAUCUGCACUCUGUGGUAUCCGAUCUGAUCAUCAAAUACCAAGCAGAAGCUAUUUACAAGGUGUACAUGCUGAGCAUGGCCUUAAACCGACAAGAGGCAAGGCUCAUAUAGUUAGACCAAGAACAGGAAAUAAGAAGAAACAUAAAUCUUAA